UUGUACCCUUCAUACAUGCUUGACCUGAUGGUACUGUGUUGGUGUCAGCAACCACGUGACCGGCCGUCUGCCAGCCAGAUAGUGUCGAUUGCGUCUGCGCCGGAAUUCACCCAUCUGCUCGACAUUGUCUCGCUCAAUCACCCCUCCACUGUAGUCGCAACGGUCACUGCCUCCUCGUUCCAGGCCAACAACGAAGACGGCGCCUGUGCGAGCGGAGGUGAGAUCUGGCUGGCAUGUGCCAACAAGGUGACCGAUCAGCUGGUGGUGAGUGGUCACUCGUUUGUCCAGUACUCGAGCCUCGUCCUUCCAGGCGAACCCACAGCCGCUUGCCUCGUCGGCAACUCUAUCUGGCUCGGCGAUUGCAAGGGACAGAUACAUGCCUAUUUCGCGGGCGAUUGCACGCACAUAUUCAGUUACGCACUAGACCCCGAAUCGCCGGCCAACGCAGGCGUGUGCGCCAUUCUGCACCUGGAGCAGCAGGCGCGUGUCGCCGUCGGUCUGUCCAACGGGCGCGUGUUCCUGGUGCGAGACGACAUGUCGCCGACUGCACCCACCAUGGGCGAGGGCAGCUUUGUCAUGAGUGAGCUGGGCAGUAGUAGUGUGUUGCACGCUAUCACCACUGUCUACACCGACAAACACAAUGAAUGCCAGCUGUGGUGCGGAGAGAGUGACGGUGCUCUGUCGGUGUACACGAUGCAUGACAACAUGGUGACUGGACAUAAAGUGCUCAACCACUUUGAGCCGAUCAUCGCCAACGUGCAUGUCCACCAGAUUGUCUCCUCACACUCGCCCAUCAUGUACGACGGCCCGGCUGCCGUCUGGACUUAUGUGCAUCCAGGUUGUGUAGUGUAUCAAUGGGACCCAAUAUCUGGAAACAUUGUCAAUAAACUUGAUUGUUCAAAAUUGGUUCCUUGCUCCGAAAGUUUGAAAUCCAUCAGUAUAGAAGAACACCUCAGUCCUGGUCGAUGUCAGGUGACAAGUCUGUGUGUGCUAAACACAGAGCUGUACAUUGGGACGACCUGGGGCUGCAUAGUUGUGGCGGAGAGGACCAGCAUGAGACCAAUCACUGUGUUCCGUCCGUUCCAGGAGGAGGUGUCGGCCAUCUUGGCGUUGCAGCCGCUCGGCCAAUCAGAGACGCUGUUGGUGACCAUUGGUCAGGGCUAUCGCAGUCUCAUCAAACGCUACAAGGAUGUGAUUGGUACGCCGACUCUGCUCAGUCAGUGCUCCCAAACACACAAUAACUCGUUUGCCCUGCUUUGGGCCACUGAUAAUUGGGCUGCAGCGUAAUUAGAUAGAAAGAAUAUUACAAUAUCAUAAUAAUGUGGAAUAAUAUUGCAAUUAUUCAAUUGCUAUCAAUUGAUUCAUAAACUCAU